CUAUUAUCUAGUUCGAGAACCCUCGGCCACGCACUCCCCCUCCCUCCUCUCGCUUCGGGGAGCCAAACCCUAACCCUAACCCUAACCCUAGCCCUCCUCCCCAAUCGCACCCCUCCGCCUCCCACCUUCCCCAUGGAUAGAGCCUCCGAGCGCGACCGCUCGAGCCGCCGAUCCCGAGAUCUCCGCGACGGCAAGGAUCGCGAUCGCGAUCCCGAUUCUUCCAGAGGCCACCAUCACCACCACCACCGCGACCGCGAUGGCGAACGCGAUCGCGAUCCCGAUCGUGAUCGAGAGCAUAAGCACCGCCACCACCACCACCACAAGGACGACGAGAAGCGCCGCCGCGACGACGACGACGACGACGAGGAGUCCUCCCCUUCCGAUCCCGAGCACAAGCGCGAGAGGUCCUCGAGUAGAGUCAGGGACUCCGUCGAGCGGGAUGGAGUCCCCAGCGAGCACUCGGUGGAGCGGCGCCACGCCUCGAGGAAGCGGAAGGAGCAGGGGCGAGAUGAGGAGGAGCCGGAGAGGGAGGAGAAGCGGGCUAGGGUUUCAGAUGGUGGGAGGGAGGAGAAGAGGGAAAGGCGGCGUUUUGAAGAUGAUGCGAAUGGGGUUGUGAAAGAUAGGAGGAGGAGAGAUGAUUCGGAUGAUACGGAGGUGGAUCGGAAGGAAAAGAAGUCAGAAGAAGGAUCGGUUAGUAAUGUAGAUGAUCGGAAGCAGAGUAGAGACGCGAGGAGAUUUAGCGAUAGCGGUAUUGAGGUCGACAAGAAAGAUUUAGAUGAGAAAGAGACGAAACGAGAACAUAGGGUUAAGGAUAGGGCAAAGGAUGAAGAUUUAGGGCACGGGGAGAAAUUGGAAAAAAUCGAGGUCACUAAUGGCCAUCAUAAGAUCGCUGCUGCGGAGAAGGGCGGUUCGACAGCUAACCUUGCUGCGCUGGAACCGCUCAGUGUGGCAUCUAAGCUUUUAGCGACCUCUGUUGAUUCUCACCAUCCUCUUCCUACUAAGGUAUCUUCAAUUACUACCACCAAUGAAAAUGAGGGAGUUAGUAUUAGAUCUGAUGAGGUUCCUGGAAAAUCUAGUACAGAUGGAACAGCAACUUCACUCACUUCUGGCAAAAGUGGCAGCCUCUCUCUUGAUGCUUUAGCUAAAGCUAAAAAGGCUUUACAGUUGCAGAAGGAACUUUCGGAAAAGCUGAAGAAGAUACCCGUGCUUAGUAAAAUUGGCACUUCGGGCUCUAAUAGCUCCCAGGUAGCUCCUAACAAAGACGAAAGUAAAACACCUUCACUGAAUACAGGAACAAAGCCUAUCUCUUCUGGUUCUUUAACAGUCUCUGCAAAUCCUGCCCAGACAAUGACUAACUUAGCCACAGCUGCUUCCAUGACUGGGAAACCAGGUGUUCUUCCUGGGCUCCCUAGCAUUCCUAAUUUGGAAGCUGUAAAGCGGGCUCAGGAACUUGCUGCUAAGAUGGGAUUUCGCCAAGACCCGGAAUUUGCUCCCCUUAUAAAUAUGUUCCCUGGUCCAUCAGUCGCUCCAUCCACUGAUGUAGUUGCACCUCAAAAACCUGCCAAGGCUCCUGUUCUUCGUUUGGAUGCCCAGGGUAGAGAAAUUGACGAACAUGGGAAUGUCAUUAAUGUGCCUAAGCUUGCGAAUCUUAGUACUCUCAAGGUUAAUAUAAACAAGCAAAAGAAAGAAGCCUUCCAGAUAAUUAAACCAGAUUUAGAUGCCAUUGCUGAAUCAAAUCCUCAUUUUGAUGAGAGUAUGGGUAUUAAUAAAACUAAGCUUCUUAGGCCCAAAAGGCCCGGGUUUCAGUUUUUGGAGGAAGGCAAGAUGUCAAGAAUGGCAGAGCUGCAAAGAAUUAAGAACCAAUUUGGUGAGGCACAAGCAAAGGAGCUAAAAGUGAAGCAGACCCAGCUUGCAAAGGCGAAAGCUGAGGGCGAUAUCAACCCGAAUUUAAUAACAGUAGCACCAAGAGUUACUAAAGAAAGACAGAAAGAAGAGAUUCCUGAAAUUGAGUGGUGGGACAAACAAAUUUUACUUUCGGGCACCUAUGAAGAUUUCUUUGAGGAGAAACUAAAUAAGGACAAGAUCACAAUUUAUAUAGAACACCCGCGCCCGAUUGAGCCCCCGGCAGAUCCUGCGCCUCCGCCACCACAACCUCUCAAGCUAACAAAGAAAGAGCAGAAGAAACUAAGGACACAAAGACGUCUUGCAAAGGAAAGAGACAGGCAAGAAAUGAUUAGGCAGGGGCUCUUGGAACCACCCAAGCCUAAGGUCAAAAUGAGCAACCUCAUGAAAGUCCUGUCUUCUGAAGCAACCCAAGACCCGACCCGGCUUGAGAUGGAGAUCCGCAGUGCUGCUGCUGAGCGCGAGCAAGCCCAUGUUGAUAGAAACAUCGCCCGCAAGCUAACACCCGCAGAACGUCGUGAAAAGAAAGAGCGGAAACUCUUUGAUGAUCCAAACUCUCUGGAAACCCUAGUAUCUGUGUAUAGGAUCAGUGACCUCUCACACCCGCAGACGCGGUUCAAAGUCGAUGUGAAUGCGCAAGAGAACCGAUUGACGGGAUGUGCGGUGAUAUCGGAUGGUAUAAGCGUUGUGGUAGUGGAAGGAGGAAAGAAGCCAAUCAAGCGGUAUGGGAAACUGAUGCUGCGCCGGAUCGACUGGGCUGCGGCCGUGAAUGAUGAGGAGGAAGGGGAUGAGGUGGACCCUGAUAAGCCUGCGAAUAGUUGUGUUCUGGUGUGGCAGGGGAGUGUCGCAAAGCCGGGCUUCCACAAGUUCAUAGUUCACCAGUGCAGGACCGAGGCGGCUGCCAGGAAGGUGUUCGCAGAUGCUGGAGUUCCGCACUACUGGGACCUGGCCGUCAAUUUCUCGGAAGAAUUGCUAUGACUGAAGCUUAUCAGAUUGCAAUCUCAUUUCCCGAGGUACUUGUGCGAAAUCGAGGAAAGUAUACACUAUCCUGAGUAUUUCUGUUCUUCUUUGUUUCCUGUUUGAUUUUAUGUGCCAUAUAAGGCCGUGAGGAUGUCUCGUGUUAUUUUCGUAUAGAUAAAUGCUGCAUUGGGCAUACUUAACCUGUCUUUGUUUCCAUGGUUCAGUAAUACACUGCUAAACCUCGUGAGAUUUGAACUAUCACAUGUGCUUCGAAUGUGUUAUCAGCUACCCUUCUAAUAUCUUCUAGGUUAGAAGCACUUUUUGUUUGAAACAUGGAUUUGUAGAUGGGCUUCUAUGAUUGUUCAAUAUAUUGUGUUCUUAAUGUGUCUUA